AUGUCGACCACACCCCCUUCCAAACGCGCAAAGACGCAUGGCAUUCCUCAGAAAUCCGAACCAAAGGCUCAAAAGGAGCCAAACCCAUCCGGAAGCAGCUCUGCAAAGAAUGAGACUUCAAGGAAGCGCGCUGCAGCCUUGCAGUAUCAGGUGACAAAGUGGGCACCGGGGAACCCACUCAACGACAUGUCAAGGCUGGCCGAAUCGUCAGUUGCUGGAUACCUUGGCUAUACCGACACCAUCCACUUACGCCACCUGAAAUGGUCAUGGCCUGUAAUGAAGGGAGCAAUGGUAUUCGAAACCACUCUGAAGAACAAGCUACAGACCAAUGCAACUUCCAUAUUGGAGGCUUCAAUCGACGAUGCUGAUGCAUAUGAAUUUGAGGCCAAUAUCGACACUCUUAUUUCAGCUUUCGAUGCUCGAACCGAAGAGGACAACGCAGAUACGGAGAACACAACCCGAGCACUUACACUGCUAUUUGCUGGGAUUAUACACCACGUUGCCAAUGCCCUUGAAGAUGUGGACCUAUUGACCCAUGACGACCCUGAGCUAAAGGCGCAGUUUACCAAUCUACGCGUUCAUCAGUCAGGUGUGAAGGGGUUCUUUGUCCCAGCGUUCGACAUGAAGGCAGUGCUUGCCCCUACACUUGGCCCGCUUGUUUUACAUAGCGAGCAUGCCAUGGAGCGGUAUUCAAGAGCUUAUACGUGUAUUCGCUACCUACUUUAUCAUACUACAACGUCGAAGUUUGCUACGAUCAAAGGCAAACUUACAAAGGGCACCUAUUUAGAAUCUGGAAGUGUACUUCAAGACAGGCUCCCAUCUUGGAUGGGCAGUGAUACUGUGGUUGAGAUUCCUGGAGCGACUUCCAUCAUUGGUCUUAUGAACCAAGACAAGCACAUCCCACUCCAGGUUACCCUCCAGUUUGUCCAUGAGGAGGGAACAGACGAUAAUGAGGAUCUUCUGCGUCAUAUGAAUUCAUACCUGAAGCGAAAGAAGAUCCGAUUGUUGAAGGACAGCGUUGACUACAAGCAUGAGAUUCGAGACUUCGAGAUCGCACCCCAGUGGCGUGAUCACCUACGCCAUGAGCUUCUGCUCCCGCGGCUCAGAUGCGACUUCAGCACCCUUACCUUGGUCUCAACUACUCUUCCUGAUACAGACUGCGGCCCUGUACAUGUUCCAGAGGAGGGCUCAUGGAUCAUCUACGACAAUGACAAUCCUGAUGUUGUUAUACCAUGGACUGAUGUGCUCGACAUCCUUCAAUCUGGUACCUGUUUCCGCAUCGACUAUUCCCUCAAAGUUGUUGAUGCAGAUGAGGAUGGGCCGUAUCCUUAUGAGUUCGAUGGGGGCCCUAUCCAGGUUUGUAGCAUCAACGAGAGCACAAUAGCUACAGUCAAUAACGCAUCUACUGGAGAGACUACUACCGGAGAAGAUUUUACAGCCGUUGUAGGCCCUUCGCCUCCACUCCCUCCCACUCAACAUGACAUAAAGGGGAAAGGCCCUGAGGUCCCAACAGGUCCACACACAGCGAAGAUGAUGCGCGAUAAACCUGCACUAUCAUACUUGGAAGGGGUCCUUUCAGGAUCAAACCAUCACGGGAUCCGUGGCAUGGUAACUCCUACGAAAUUGUUUGGUGAUUGCAACUCUGCAGAAUCGCAAGCAUGGCACCUUGGUGUCGACGUAUCAACCCCAGCUGGCAUUGAGGCAUUUAUCCGAAAGGUUAUCGGUACUCUACGUGUUGCUAAUGUUGCGCCAAAGAAGGCCCUAAACUUGGCUGGCCUGCCUUCAAUUGUUCAGCAAGAGAUUCAGAGUGGAAUGGCUGCUGCCACUUCUACAACUCUAAAUGCAGACCUUCCAGUAACAAGCGAGGAUGCAACAAGUAUGGAAGACUUUUAUAAGAUGCAAAAGCUCUUCACGGGGGAUGAGUCCCAGACAGGCCCUCCUCUCGAUGCCUGCCUUAUAAUCGCAGACGCUCAUUUCGACACAUGGCAUGAUAAGGAGCACACUCUUGCCAAAUAUGUUCUACGGUCACUCCCAACAGUACAAAUCCGGCCUCUUGGCCACCAGGUUACCGGGUUCUUGUGGAUGAUCCUCAAAGCUUACGGUUAUACACACGCUCCAACAAAGGAAGGGCAACUUCAAGCCGACGAACUUCAAACAGCUCGCACAUAUGGCGGGGUACUUGUCGAUAAUAUGGGCUUGGGGAAAACCUACACCUCAUGUUUGUAUCUCGAGUGGGUCAUCCAGUUCUUUACACCAGAGACGCCAGGUAAUUACAGACCGCACUUGAUAUUGGCGCCAGCUGGGCCGGUGAUAGAGCAAUGGAGGCUCGACAUAACAAAGAACUUCAAGGGAAUCAACCUGAUCCUUGCAUACGGGGACUCGCCACCAGACGGAGCUUCCUCAUUACGGUGGAUUUCAUCCAAGGCAAUGCGAAGCCACCCCCAUAGUCCGAAGAAGUUUCCGGCCGGUCUCCGUUUUAUAUUUGACCAAAACAACCGAAUGGCUGCCAAGACAGUAAUCCUUACGUCUUAUGACACGCUUGCCGCUCGAACACUUCAGAAACCGCGUCGACAGCCUGGCGAUACUACCCAGUUUAAGCCGUCAGAAUGGAUUGGAAGAUGGAAGGGUGUCUUUCACACCGUUAUUAUGGAUGAAGGCCACAAAGUGCGAAAUCCUCUAACUAACAUCCAUGUGGCAGUUGCAAGGUUGAACGCGCGGCAUCAUUGGUUUAUUACUGGUACACCAAUUCAGAAUCAGAGCUCUGAUAUUCUUGGACCUCUCAACAUUCUAUGGCCUCAGAUAUCAAAGUCCCUCUCUUCGACAGAGGAGAGAUCUACAUGGGUAGAUUCACUCAACGGCAAUUACAAGGACUUCGAGCUCCUACUUCUGCCAGAUGUACUGCACACGUCGUGGAAGAACCUCAUCGCUACAGACCCUUAUCGUGUCCGAACACUUAUCAACAGUAAGGACAAGACAACUAUAAACAAGUUGUACAGAUGCUUGGAGCAAUUGCUUCUCCUUCGUCGGUCAACUGCAACAUCAAUCCCUACGGACUGCCACGGAGGACGUUUGUCGCUGAAGAAUCUGAUGCCGCCGUACGAAAUUACCACUGUCCAGCUCCGAAUGAACUCAGCUGAAGCUGCUGAGUACCAGAUGUUUCAUCAGUCCUUUGUAAAGGAUUACGAAGAAGGUCUUGCGCUGUGGACAGAACAGAAACAGAGCCGUAUUGAUCCAUCGUCAGAGAUCAAGAGCUUUCCUUGUGUGACUGGCCCAUUGAGGAAGAUGACAGUUAAUGCAGUUUCGACUAUGCUAAGUCGAUUUCACGACACCCUGGAGAAUACAACGGGCUUUACAGGUUUACAACUGGCGCACGCUACUCUGCGAGCUGGCGAUCGGUUAAUCAAGGACGCUACUGACCUUCUUCGCCACCUUACCUUUGGUAGUCCGAAGCUGCGUUGGAUUUUGAAGGAAUCCAACGCAGCUUCGGACUACCAAAGGAAUCCAACGCAGCUUCGGACUACCAAAGGUAAGGUGGCGAAGAAGAAACCAGACGGAGGACGGAGCAAACUGUUGUGUUCCGAGGACAUCCCAGUGUCAGCAUGGUUUAUCGAGACAGUUCUGAAGUCAGUAUACAUUCGGGCAGAGGUUCUGCAUGCUGGCCUUACCGAUGCCCAGCGCAUUGCGCUUAUUCAGGAGUUCAACAACCCCCACUCCAACCUUACGGUCUUGAUUAUGAUGUACCAGGUCUCCUCGCAAGGCGCUAACCUGGAUGGAGCAUGUCAUCGUGUGUGCUCGAUUACCACAGCUAUCAACCUGCCAUCAGAGUUGCAGGUACACUAUCGACCUAUCAGAGUGUCUCAAAAGGAAAAGGUUACAAUUGUGAGGCUCUCGGUUGUGAAUUCUCAUGAUGCCUGGCGCGAAACCAAACAGAUCGACAAGAGCAUUAUAGAUGUAUUGACCAAGCUCCAAUCACCUAUGUCAUUCCAGGCUAUUGCAGACACAUUGAUUAGCAGUCGGGAUGAAGUGUUGGCUGCACACAAUUCCAAAGAGGGCCGAAAGGCGUUGUGUGGCCGAAAGAUCCUACCAUUGAAGCUUCGCGCUUGGGGCGAGGUUUCUAUUCCUAAGGAUCCUAAUUUGGUUUCACCAGAAGAGGAAGCCUUGCCAGCGGGUCGGAACAUGCGAAAGCGGAAGCGUGUCCUACAAGAGCUUGAGAAUACCGAUGAUGAAGUUGACGACCUAUCUCAUCAACUUGAAUCUGCUGAUCCAACCUAUUCUCCUGCGAAAUACGACACUGAUAACGAUUCCAACCACAGUAAUGCGGUCUCUGACAACAGCGACGAGGGGGAGGGUAUUACACCAGACGAAUACAUUUCGGACUUCAGGAAGGCCUGGGUAAAGUUGUCGCCAGAGGAUAAAGCCCUUUAUGAUCAAGACGAACUUGACUUCCUUGUUCUCCUAAGCAUGGAUCCAGAUCAUCUAUAUACGGGUCAAGAGAUUCAAGAGUCUCUUGACUCCGCCAUCACUGAACGAGGCCUGCGACUCGUUAUUGCCCACCGUUCUGGACAAACUAGGACUGGCAUGAAGGUGUCACCCCACAUCAAGUACAAUGCUCUACUCAAUCGCAACGAAGAGGAUGACGGGCCGUUUUCUGCCCCAGUGUACUGCACUGCUACCGACAAGGAUCGGAGUGCUGCACUCCGUCGGUUUGUAAGGGGCGAAGCUGCUACAGCAACUCCUAUUACAGCGUUGGUAGAGGAGGUUGCUGCUGCAACCAUUGGUGACCCUGCAGCCAGCUCUGAACAUGUACAAGAGCUUGCUCUACCAGAACUGAUUCUUCCGUUGGACCCUCCGGUUGUCCAUACCGAAGGAAAAGUCAGUGGGGAUACCACGGAUAUUGAUACCCAUCUUUCCUCUAACAGCCCUUUGAGCGCUUGCCAAACCCCUUCAGGGUCAGGAUAA